AUGGCCAAGGCGCAGGACGCGAAGCAGGUGUGCAACCUUGCGAACGUCAAGGAUUUGAAGAUUCAGUGCGAUGACACGAUUGAGCGUGUGUUAUCGGUGCGGAGCGACACCGACGAAGGCGAUGGCGAGCCGACCGCGACGCGCCUAUUCACGGCGUCGCACAUAGGGGAUGAUCUAGCUGCAUUCUUCUCAUUUAUUGGCUCCACAGUGGUGCUAGUAUCGGUGCUUUAUACGUACUGGUACAAGAUCUCUUGGGAGCACUCAAAGCAGUACCUGUAUGCCGGUAUUGGCGCCUACGUAUUGUGCCAAGGGAUUCAGCUCCUCGUACGGCGCAUCUUUGGCGUGGCCAUUUUUAUGGGCUCACGCACGGGAAAAGAAAUUGUGCGUGCGCUUGCGCGCUCACCUCAGAACGAAACGGAAUGGGUGCAGAUUAAGGCGUCGAGUGUCGGGCCAAGCACGCUGCCGGGGAAAAAGGCCGCGGACGGAAAACCAGUGCUUAUUCCCCCGACGUAUGCAGUAGACGUAAAAUAUACACGCAGCAUUGGUGGUCGUGUGCUUGGGAGCAAAGACGAUCAUGUGGUGCUUGGGAGCUUCGGCGAAUGGUUCCGGCAGGAUGGCGAGUUUGUUGAGUCCAUCUUUGCUGAGCGGCCUGGUGAUUUGUGCAGUGCGUGCACGAAACAGUUUUGUGUGGAUAACGCGGAGGGGUGCAAGGGCGCUGCCAUUGUCGAUACCAAGGACGAUACUGCAACCGGGUACGAGGGGCAGGUAUGGGCCAAGUGUUUUAUCCGCGAUCCCACCAAAGACAAGACGAUCGUCUUGCUCACGCGACACGCUCCACAAACUUGGCGCAUUGCUACCAUGGAGGCCAAGCUGCAGUCUUUGCGCGUUCCCGAACUCAAGGAGCUGCUUCAGGCGGCGUCUUUGCCAACGACAGGCAACAAGCCAGACUUACUUAAGCGGUUACUUGAGAAUUCAGCAGCGACGGAAUCACUCGAGAGCGACCUCGCUGCCAAGACUGCGCCCGCGCCCGAAUCCAAAUCGCAGGACGCAGCAUCCGCACCCCAAACUGAGCCAGCAUCUGAGACUAUCGCUCCCGCUGCUGCGUCGGCCACUGCGCCCGCUGCCGAAACCGGCGAAGAUACGCGGAAGCAGGCAUACCUUGCCGAGCUUGAGAAGCGCAAGACGCGUGCGCUGCGUUUUGGCCAGCCUAUUGACGAGCUGGAAAAGCAAAUUGAGCAUGUGGCUAAGCACGGCGUUCCGGAGAAGGGCAAAGCUACGGUGGAGCGUGCGCACAGCCAACUACACGGAAAGCGUGAGCGGCCCGCACAGACCAAGGAGACGAGCAACAAGAAGGCCGCACCUGUCGCACCUGCACCGAAAAUCUCGGAGGAGGAACUUGCACAGCGGCAGCGCCGCGCAGAGCGGUUCGGGCUUGUCAAUGCUGACGAGGAGAAGAGGAAGCAGGAGCGCAUGCAGCGUUUCCAGCAGACAAGCGAGGUGUGUGCGAGUAAACGUACCGAGUAUGCAAAGCCGACACUUGGCCCACCUAAAUCGCUGCUGUUGCCAGAUGUGGCGCGCUAUGUACCGAUGCAGGACUAUGAUUAUAAUCAGAUGAUGCAAGACUACAGCUACCUGAAUCAAGUGGGUCGUGUAGUUGCUUCGAGAGGGCGUGAGCUUGCAGAUGCGCGCAUGCUGCCCGACGAAGAACGCCGCGGCAAAAAACGAAGUUCGGCGGCGCAGCAUCGCCGCGAGCAGCUAAGCAAGCAAAUAUCAUUCCAUAAGUUGCCUAUCAUGCUCCUUCCGGACGGUAUGUCGAAGCGACGAACGAACCGCACGUGUUGGGAUGCCAAGAAACGCAUCAUGCAGUAUACCAUACAUUGCCAUUGGCGUGGCGCAACCGAUGCGUCUGUGCGUGAUUUGUACAUGCAUGGUCAUGCUGGAUCGGUGGGUAUAGAUACAAUUUUCCGUGCAGAGCUUGCAGCGUACACGGAGCGCGACGCGAAGCAACAAAAGACAGGUACCAGUACAGACAAUUGCGCAAACAAAUCCAUCCCUGACGCAUUGUCCCGCGACUGUGUAUUGCUGCUUCGCAUAUAUCCCUCGCGCCUGCGCAAUGAAAGCACUACACGGUUCCUUGAUUGGUGGUCGCGAAAAGGCGCAGCGCUCGAGCAACACAGCGUAUUGGACAGUGCGCCGCCCAAAGCAUCGGAGCCACUCGUGCCGCAGCAUGUGCUUGAUACUGUGUCGAAAUUCCGGACGGGUCGUAUUGCGCCUACGACAGAAAACGUGCAGCUGUACUCUACGUACGUAUACGUGGAGCCAGACCUGAGUAUCGACGCGCUGCUGCGGCGCUUGCCGACAGGGCACGCUAUUGUCGAGUACCUGGAGCUGGAGGUGUGGCCCAAGGACGUAUACGCAGCGAACCAGCGCCGUGGUCAGAUCCAAGUCAUGUCGCUGCAGGUCCCGGAAAUGGGACCGGACCUGGGACCAACCACGGAAACAAGCACACCUCUUUCCACUCAGGCAACGAUACCAACAGAUGCGACAGUCUUGGUGGGCUACGCAAGUUCCGAUAGUGAAUAG